ACUCCCAGGCUCAAGCAAUCCUUCCACCUCAGCCUCCUGAGUAGCUGGGACAACAGGCCUGCGCCACCACACUCACCUUCAUUUCUAGUUACAAGGACCCUCUUGCCAUCUGUCAUUCUAGAAAAUUUGUGAAAUGGACCCAGAUAAACAAGAUGCUCUUAAUGGUGUUGAGAAUUCCAUUUAUAGAACAGCCUUCAAAUUACGAUCAGUGCAAACUCUGUGCCAAUUGGACUUGAUUGACAGCUCCCAGAUUCAGCACGUCCUACUACAUCGAAGUUUCUGGGAAGCCAGGGAGCGCUCCCUCUCUGUGCAGCAGCUUUUGCAGGCACUCCAAGAACUGUUUCAGAGAGCCAGGGAGGAAAACCCAGGACAGGUGCAUCCCAGAGCCUCCGAACUCACUCUCAGCCUUCUCAUUACAAUGUAUGACAGCACAGGAACAGGUUUUCUCCAGCUCACACCUGUGGCCGCAGCCCUAAUAGCCCUCUCAGGGGACAGCCCUCUUACAAAGUACAGAGCUCUUUUCCAGCUCUAUGCAGAAAAUAGCAGAAGAGGUUAUGAUUCUGGGGCCCGCAUGACUCGAAAGGUUUUGAGAAACCUUCUAACAGAUCUACAGCAGAUCCCAACUGUCGUGGGGGAGAGUCGUGCUCUGUGCUCUGUGGAAAGUGCCACCCGCAGCUGUUUCCAAGGGGUGUUGAGCCCAGCAAUCAAAGAAGAGAAGUUCCUAUCUUGGGUGCAGUCCGAACCGCCCAUCCUCCUGUGGCUCCCGACCUGCUACCGAUUAUCAGCCACUGAAAUGGUCACUCACCCUGUUCGGUGCAGUGUCUGCAGGACCUUCCCAAUCACGGGACUGAGAUACCGCUGUCUGAAGUGUCUCAACUUUGACAUCUGCCAGGUGUGUUUCUUAUCUGGUCUUCACAGCAAGUCCCACCAGAAAUCUCAUCCUGUAAUUGAGCACUGCGUUCAGAUGUCAGCAAAAGAGAACACGAAACUCCUCCUCAGGACCCUCAGAAGCAACCUGCUCCAAGGGCGCUGUAGGUGGAAAGAAGCUACGAGAAGGCAGUGGCUUCUGGGCCAAGUGAAUCCAAAGGACGUGGCUAACCACACACAGGCCAGGCUCUCCUUGCAGUACAAGAGUUCUAAAAUACCAACAGAUGUAAGGCCAACUGGACCAGUGGCCUACAAACCCACACCCAUUCCUCAAAGAAUUUCUCAGGCUCAACAAACUGACAGCAGCCUGCAUCAUCAGACCGUAGUCAGCAUUAGGAAUGAACUCUGGAGGAUUCGGGAAUCCGUUGCUGCUCUCCACAGGGAGAGAAGGCUCCUUAAAAAACAGUUAAACCAAUGCAAAGACAAGUUGCAAGUGAUGCACACCUCCCAGGAAGAAAGAAGCUGCCGGUUUGAAACGAAGAUUGACGAACUCACAACCAACCACAAUAGUCUAUGGACCCAGCUACAACAAAUGGGACAGGAUUUCCAGGCAGUGUUGCAGCCACUCCAUCCUUCAUCUUCUACCUGUCAAAAUAUGGUAUCCAGGGUUGACCAUUCUUCAGCUGAAAGGUUUUGGAAAGGAGGAAAUUCUUUCCAGAUCAAGAACUCCACUGGGGACGGUUCAGAAUGGGAACCUCUUCCUAAGCCAGCCAAGGUUGACAGAAGCCACAGAAGUCAAGCAAAUGCAGAGCAUGCUCUACCAAAUUCAGAAUCACCAGAGACCAAUUUGCAAAGCACCAGGGCCAAAGCAAAAAGCCAAGCACAAAAGAUGCCUGAGGAAAUCCUUAGCUCCCUAUCCACUUAUCAAGAGGGACCACUGCAGGACAGCCCCCAAAUGGCUCCUGCUGAAAUGAGCAGUGAUGCUCUGGCACCUGCAGAAAGGAAAGACUCAGGUAACAUCAAAAAGAGAAAGGAUGAGCUGGAAGAAGAGGAACUGCAAGAAAUAUUGUCAAAACUUAUGGAUGCCUUCAAUCCAGAAAUACCAUCAGGUCCACAGUCAUCUGCAAACACGGACCUCUACAGUGGAGCUGAGCGGGUGUGCAGGGCCUUCUCUGCCCUUGUGGAUCAAAUCACCUUGCCCAGCUGGAAGUGAAAAGUGGUCCAGGCUCAAAGAUCCAUUGAUGUGAUGGCAAAUGCGUUUUCAGAUCUGUAUCAAAAGAAUUAAGCCUUCUACUUUGCUUUCAACCGUUGUAAACUAGGGAGAUUAAAAAAUAAAACUUUUCUUCUUAGUUCUUCAGUUCAGAUUAAAG